GACUGAAAUGGAGGAUUUUGGACGCAACCUCUGAAAUUCAAUAAAAUAGGGAUAUAAGUUUAUAAUGAAAGCAUCAGAAAAUGGUUACUGUGUGUGAGGCUAUAAAAGACCAGAAAACAAUACAGUGAAACACACAACCCUCAAACUAUUGCAAUAAAAGACAGUAAUUGAGCAAGAUUUCCUUUUUUGAGAACAAAAAUGAGCGCCGAGACUUCAGGGACCAAGAGGCUAGAUGGUAAGGUGGCACUGAUAACUGGUGGUGCCAGUGGUCUAGGAGAGAUUACAGCAAGGCUGUUUGUGAAACAUGGAGCCAAAGUUGUGAUUGGUGAUAUUCAAGACAAAUUGGGUCACUCCCUUUGCCAAGAGCUUGGAACAGAGAACAUCAGCUAUGUCCACUGUGAUGUAACAUGCGAAUCUGAUGUCGAAAAUGCUGUAAAAUUAGCAGUUUCUAAGCAUGGGAAGCUGGAUAUCAUGUUCAAUAAUGCAGGGAUUAUGGGUGAGAAUGAGGUAAAAGUCAGCGAGACCAGUCUCAAGGACUUCAAAACGGUGCUUGAUGUGAAUGUGUUGGGUGCAUUCCUGGGUGCCAAGCAUGCCGCCAGGGUCAUGGUUCCAGCCAAGAAAGGGUGCAUUCUCUUCACAGCAAGUCUUGCUUCAAAAAUUUGCUAUGGAAAUUCCCAUUCAUACAAAUCAUCGAAGGUUGCUGUGGUAGGGUUGGCAAAGAGCUUGAGCGUGGAGUUAUGUGAGCAUGGAAUUAGGGUUAAUUGCAUUUCACCUCAUGCAAUUUUCACCCCAAUGUUCCAAAAAACACUCAGAUUACAGGAUAAGAACAAGGGCGAGGAGAUGGUUUCUGCUUCAGCAGUGUUGAAAGGGACCUUGUUGGAGCCAGAAGAUUUCGCAAAUGCUGCCCUGUAUCUGGCAAGUGAUGAGGCCAAAUUUGUGAGUGGUGUCAACCUGACCAUUGAUGGGGGGUAUAGCCUCACCAAUCAAUCAUGGAAGACAGGACUGUCAGUACUUUCUCAAUAAACCUUCCUCUCUUUUUCUCUUUGACCGUCUUAUAAACUUAUCCAAAACUGCAAACCAUAACAGAGGAUUCCCAUGGUGCGAGUCUACUUGUACUUUUCAUCAAUAUGCAAAUGUCACUUUCUUACCUUAAAUGCAAGGGUCUUUCUUCAUGGUGAGAUGACAACAGAAGAAUAUUAAGCAGUAAAGGAUUCUAUAAUGGUUAGCAAUAUUUCACAAUAAGAAGCCUUAUCUAAUCCUCGUUAUAGUUUAUUUUAAAACCCGACAAUAGAAGCUUCUUUUUGUCAAUAGCAUUACAACAUUUCAAACUUCAGAGGUGAUUGACUUGUCAUUAACUGCAACAUAUAUUGCAUCUGGUAACACACGACCAAAGAAAAGCAGAUUCGAAUCAUUCUAAUGUACAGAACUGCGAUGAUUAUCAAAGACCAUUUAAAAGUGCAUGCUACUCGCUUGCAUUUGCAAUCCCGACCAAGUUGAGCAUAUGCCUGUCCUCCUUGAACCUUUCUAACACCGUGCCCUUAACGAC